CGGCAACAGUAGCUCCAGACUCAGUCCCCAGUGUACCACAGUCAACUCCCCCAACUCCAUGUUCCCCUAAGAUAUCAACUCAUGUUAUGACUCUUUCCUCACCAGUACCUAGUGGUCUGAGCCUGGGUCCGGGUCUGGCACCAUUACCCGCUCAGGUCCAAGUUCCAGUCCCACUUCCUGCUCCAGUACUGAUGUCAGCGCCAACCCUUCAGACACAACCUCUGACCUCAACCCAUCAGGUGACGACACUCAGUAAGCCAAAGGAUGUUGCUCUAAAGCACACACCAGCUUUGGUCACUAAUAACCUUGGUUCUGAAGAUCACAUUAUGAGCAAAGUGGCUUCUAAGACGGUCAGCACGCAAAUAAAUCAAGCUGAUUCCCGUAAAGUCAAACUGUCUGACGUCAUCCCACAAACAAUGAUUUACACAUCCAAGGCAACGUUUUACGAAAUCUCCAAGCCUGCACUUCCAGACAUAACAGGAGUGAAUAUAUUGUAUCAAGGAGCAUCGUUGUCCACUAUACACAGGGAGAAAUCACCAAUGACUUGUCACCAAAGUGAGCCAGCUAUCCCAUAUAAAGUUUCCGUGGCAAAGACCCCUUCUGGAAGAUCGAAAACACCCUCACACCAUCCCACAAUGGGAAGACUGACACCUGUUUUUGAGAUAUCGAAAGCCAAUCCACUCCUGUUCGCUGCAAGUCCAAUCUUCUUCUCCUCUCGGGAUGUGCACGCCUCGGUCGUAAACACAGAGACAGAGAAAUACAAGUCACCAAUGACUGUUACCAGUGCUCUCUCAGCAGCAACCGAACAACUGAAACCAAUUGGAUCUCGUUCAGAUACAGACAUAUUCCAGAAUAAUGGAAUGACAACUACCAUGGGAGGAUCUAUGGCUAAUUUAUCUUCUAUGUUCAGCUCCUGUCAGGAUGUACACGUCACACAGAGAUUCAAGUCGCCAAUGGCUAUUACCAGUACAGCCCAAACACCCUCAGCAAUACCUGUUAACAGUAGAGUCAAAUCUCCCUCAGCAAUACAUAUAACCAGUACAGCCCAAACACCCUCAGCAAUACCUCUUAACAGUAGAGUCAAAUCUCCCUCAGCAAUACAUAUAACCAGUACAGCCCAAACACCCUCAGCAAUACCUCUUAACAGUAGAGUCAAAUCUCCCUCAGCAAUACAUAUAACCAGUACAGCCCAAACACCCUCAGCAAUACCUCUUAACAGUAGAGUCAAAUCUCCUCCUUCAAUGCCUGUUACCACUACAAGCAAUAUUCCCUCAGCUGCAGCAGAAGCACUAAAACCAAUAGGAUCUAACUCUGACAAACAUUUACAAGGUCUGACCAGUGUUGAUAGAAGUACAACUCAGACUAAUGGAAUAACAACCAACAUGGAACGGUCUAUGGCUACGAUAUCUUCUGCAUUCAGCUCCUAUCAAGAUGUACAUGCUUUGGUUGUAAACAAAGAGACACACAGAUACAAGGAGAUACAGGAUACAACUACUAUGCUCGGAUUUAUGACUAAUAUAUCUCCUGCCUUCAGCUCCUAUCAAGAUGUACAUGCCUCAGUCAUAAACACACAGAGACACAAGUCACCCAUGCCUGUUAUGUGUAGAGUUAAAUCUCCCCCGGCGAUGACUGUUACCAGUACAGCCCAAACUCCCCUAGCAAUUCCUGUUGCCAGCAGAGUCAAAUCACCCCCAUCAAUGCCAGUUAACAGUACAGUCAAAUCACCCCCAUCAAUGCCUGUUACAAGUGCAGCCCAAACUCGCUCAACAGCCGCUGAACAACCAAAAUCAGCUGGAUCUGCCUGUGCCGGCUCAGUGGAACUUUCACAAGGUCCAACCAGUGGGGAUAGAAACCAGACUAGGGGAACUACAACCACCACUGAAAGAUCUAUGGCUGAGAGAACUCCCAAUGAGAUUCUAGCAUCAAAGAUCACUGCAUGUGACAGUGCAGUUUCCAAGCCAAAAGUAGAGUUUACAGAACCUCAUAUGCAGAAAGAUCAAAUGGAUGAAACAACUGAAUAUGGAACCCCACCUGAGUAUCAAAAGCAACAGACCCCAUUCCCCCAAAAGGAUACCAAAGACAGCUUCAAAUGGAUACAAAGCGCCAACCAUUUCAGCUCCACCAAACGGACCCACUGUGCCAAUGAUCUCAGCACAACCACCUCCAAACACUGUGCUAACGCCAAUGAUUUCAUCACCUCAAUCUCCAUUGUCCCCUAGAUACCCAGACUCUCCUAUAAUUGGCUUACGUAAAGUUUUGGCACCAUUGAUAGAGCAUCAAAAGACCCCUACAUCCAAAAAACCUAAAACACGGUCAACAUAUUAUGGACUGACUCCGGCUGAGUAUGUUGCCUAUGGUGGGAUCCGGACAUACUAUGGUCCUUCUGGACCUAAAGCUAAUGAAUCAACACCAUCACCAUCCACAGCACAGACUAAUGGAUUACCAAAUGGGCCUCGUCCUCCUUCAAUCUCUAAACCUGAAACAUCCCCCAUAGGAUCAAACACACCCAACAGAGAACAACAGAAACCUACCUUGCAAGGGCAGAAUUCUACUGUUCCAGCACCUUCACUUUCAACACCUUUAGCUGCAACUGGCUGUUCUCAGACACCGACAGAUAAGGCAGCCAUAUUUAAACCCAAUACAUCAGAUGUUAACAAAUCUGAAGCACCUGCUUAUGCAAUACAACCUGAUAUAACACCUAUUGUGGACAUAACAAAACCUGAACUUCUAUUGGCCCUCGGACAGUUAACUCUUCCACCAGCCACCAGUGAAGUGCCCACACCAAUGGCCUCUCAUUCUGAGGUUCCAAGACUGGCACAUAAAGCAGGUGUGGUACACACAACCAGACCAGCUCCAUUUCAGCUAAAUGAAACUCCUUCAUUCCCGAUAGGUAGGAAUGUUGUGUCAAAGUCGCUGUUUCCUUUCAGCAUUCCAAAUGCUGAAGUUUCACAAAAUUCCACUGUAGCAAAUAUUCCCCGACACAGUGGAAAGUCAGAGGCAGAUCCCACAGUCAUGCAUCUUUCUGUCCAGGCUAAUAUUAGCACAGACACUGAACAACACAGAAAACCUGUCAUAGGAGCCCAAGUCCUCAACAACCCUGAUAUAGGAAGCCAACUCCCCAGCCAACCUACCACAGCAACUAUACUACCAGGCAAGCCUACCAUAGACACCAAACUACCUAGCAAGCCUAGUGUGCCAACCAUAAGAACUCAACUCUCUCAUUCACCUACUAUUGAAACACCUACCACUGAAACAGGAACCCAAGUCCUCACCAAACCUACUAUAGAAAACCAACAUUCAUGCACACCUAUCACUGGAACUAAACUUCCUAGCCCACAUACCAAAAUAGCCCAACUUCCCAGCCCACCUAGCAUAGUAGCCCAACUUCCCAGCCCACCUAGCAUAGUAGCCCAAUUUCCUAGCCCACCUAGCAUAGUAGCCCAACUUCCCAGCCCACCUAGCAUAGUAGCCCAAUUUCCUAGCCCACCUAGCAUAGUAGCCCAACUUCCUAGCCUACCUAGCAUAGUAGCCCAACUCUCUAGCACGCCUAGCAUAGUAGCCCAACUCUCUAGCACGCCUAGCAUAGUAGCCCAACUCUCUAGCACGCCUAGCAUAGUAGCCCAACAUCCCAGCACGCCUAGCAUAGUAGCCCAACAUCCCAGCACGCCUAGCAUAGUAGCCCAACAUCCCAGCACGCCUAGCAUAGUAGCCCAACAUCCCAGCACGCCUAGCAUAGAAACCCAAUUCCCCAACGAGCCUUUAAUAGAACCUGUACAACCUGGCAAGUCUACUCCAGAAAAUAUUCUGCCCAGUACCAUGCAGUACCAUGCAAACCAUACCAGGAAGCAUUUUGUAGAAACCAACUCCCACAAAGCAAUUGAAUGCAGACAAUCUACAAAAUCUACCAUUGAUGAAAAACCUUCCACCAAGUCCGCUACUGAAACGAGAUUCUCAGCCAGCUCUACGAACGAAGGUAAACAAUUUACAAACCCUAUUGUAGCAAAUGGAGCUUGGCUGAAACCAUCCCUAGAGCCUACACGUACUAACUCAACUAUCAUAAGUGCACAGCCAUCCACAGAAAUUAGAUCCCCAAUAAGCCCUACUUUACAAGCUAAGCAUUUUACAAAGCCUGUUUACAACAAUAGUUCCUCUCCAAAACCUGUCCCACAUACUAACAGGCCUAUAAUAAUUGUACAACCUCCCACACCUCCCAUAACAGAGGCCAUACCUCCCUCAACCCCUGCUUUAGAAACUAAACCCUUUACAAAACCUACCGCAGACUCUUUUAGCCCUACUAUUGAAGCUAAACCCUUUAUGAAGCCCGUCAUAGAAGCUAGCGCCUCCCCAAAACCGGUCUCAGUGCUUCCUAACAAACCUACCAUAAAAGUCCUACCUUCUACACCGCCACGUAGACAUAACAGACCAUGGUCAACAACACCUAUGGAACCUAAAUCUGUUACAGAACCUAACCAUGCAACAAAUAAGCCUACCGUAAAUGUACAACCUUCGACAACACCUACUACAGAAACUAGACCCUGCUUCAGCCCUACUGUUGAAGCUAUACCCAUUAUACAGCACAAUAUGGAAACCAGAGUCUUUGCUAAAUCAUCCCCAGAGCCUAAACCAGCUAACAUGCCUACAGUAUAUGUACAACCUUCAACAGAACCUACUAGAGAAACUAGACCCUGCUUCAGCCCUACUGUUGAAGCUAUACCCAUUAUACAGCACAAUAUGGAAACCAGAGUCUUUGCUAAAUCAUCCCCAGAGACUAAACCAGCUAACAAGCCUACAGUAUAUGUACAACCUUCAACAGAACCUACUAGAGAAACUAGACCCUGCUUCAGCCCUACUGUUGAAGCUAUACCCAUUAUACAGCACAAUAUGGAAACCAGAGUCUUUGCUAAAUCAUCCCCAGAGCCUAAACCUGCUAACAAGCCUACAGUAUAUGUACCACCUUCCCCAAAGCCCAUAGAAAGAGAAACCACCUUAAGCCCUUUUAUUGAAGCUAAACCCUUUACACAGAAUAAUACGGAAACUAGAGACUUGACAAAACCUGCACCAGAACCUAAACCAGCUAACAAGCCUACCAUAAAUGUACAACCUUCAACAACACCUACUAUAGAAAGUAGAUCCUGCUUCAGCCCUACCGUUGAAGCUAGACCUGCUGCAAAGGUUAUGGCAUCAAGAAGUUGCUUUAGUCCCACUAGACCUUGGUUAAACCCUUCUACUGAAGCUAAACCCUUGACGAAGCAUGACAUUGAAGCUAUUGCCUCCCUAAAACCGACACCAGAGCCUAAAUCGACUAACACCACUUCCACAAAGCCUGCUAUAGAACGUAUAUCGUCCCCAACCCCAACCGCUGCCGUAGACACUGUGAUAAAACUACCUGCCGUUUCCAAAGUGAUUGACUCUUCCAAUCCUGCCUCUCUGCCUCAGGCCUCAGCCUCUAUAAAAUCCCUUCCCACAAACAGAGGAAUGUCAUCGCCAUCUCAGCCAAAGACUGGACAGACAGAGACAGACACAAUGGAAGAUGUGGAAGUCAGUGCAUCAGGUGCACAGGGGAAAGCAGCCAGACGUCAAGAGACACCCUGUACGAAGCCUACGAUAUCAACUGCAUCUUCGACUGUUGACAAUGUAGACAAAGUAGACAAGCCCCAAGCUCCAACCGUUAAACCUAGCCUUGCUAACGCUGCACUGAAUGCAAUGAAACCUAAAAGUAUGAAGACCAUGUUCAGUGGCUGGUCGCGCCUCAAAAAACACAUGGUCGUUGAACCAGAGGAACCUCAGUUCCCGGAGCCAGAGCCCGAAUCUGUCCGCAGGGAUGGCGCCAUCUACAGUAAGAACACUGACCAGGCCAAAUCUAGUCAAGCUUCUUCAGCAAAAGUCAAAGACCACUCUGAGAAGGGCAAAGAAGUGCUGAAGGAGACAGAGGCGCCCAGAGCAAUGAAGAUGUGGGACGCCAUGCUCUUCCACAUGUUCUCAACCAAGGAAGCAAUAAUGCAGCAGAUCAAAGCUAGCAAAGCUCCCGAUGGUUCCGACAAGAAGAAAGGCCAGAGAGAGCAGACCAAUAAGACACGGAAAGUCAAUCAGCAGAAAGAGAAUGAGAUGGAGGUCGUCCCCUCUUUUGCCAGUCGUCUGCCGCUCCUCCUCUACAGUCCGCGCUUUGAUGCCAGAAAGAUAAAAGAGGCUGCAGAGAAGCCGCUGGUGAAGAUGUCAGCUGUGUUCCAGAGGGGGCUGAUUAACCGCAAAAAUCAGGACGGGGAAGGGAAGGACUUUAAUAAAACUGCCAGGGGAUUCGGUUCCUCAAGAACAACUGAUGUCUGACUUUGAACUCCACACACACCAGAAUUUUGCUGCUCAAUCUUCUCAUUAAGUAGAUGAAUAAACCUCAAUAGAUUGAUUUCAGUUAUCACAUAGCUAGAGAUUUGUAUGUUAAAUAAGCUUCCGAUCAAGGGCUGUAGUGCAGUAGGCUAUGCCAGGAUAUUUACUUCAAUAUGGUGUUUAAACUAUGAUUUUUAACUAUGAUCAUGAGCUUUUAAGACAAUGAUGUUGGAUGCAUGCAGACGGCUCAUUACAUCUUUCUUGCUCCAUAGAAAGAUGUUGUAUUUUUUUAAGCGUUGCUCGUGUCUUAGUCUUGGAGUGUUCACCCUGGGUGAGGUUAGGAGUAGAGUGUCUGAUGACAGUGUGUAAUAAAUAGGGCUUGUACAUUCCUGGAUUGAAGUGAUGGAAGGGCAUUGGAUGACAGAGCAGUGUAGCUGUGAGAGAGGUGGAGCCUAGCUAGAGGUGGAGCCUAGCUAGAGGUGGAGCCUAGCUAGAGGUGGAGCCUAAUUAGAGGCGGGGCCUAGCUAGAGGUGGAGCCUAGCUAGAGGUUGAGCCUAGUUAGAGGCAGGGCCUAGCUAGAGGCGGAGCCUAGCUAGAUUUGGAGGCUAGCUAGAGGUGGAGCCUAGUUAGAGGUGGAGCCUAGUUAGAUGUGGAGGCUAGCUAGAUGUGGAGGCUAGCUAGAGGUGGAACCUAGCUAGAGGUGGGGCUUAGUUAGAGGUGGAGCCUAGCUAGAUGUGGAGGCUAGCUAGAUGUGGAGGCUAGCUAGAUGUGGAGCCUAGUUAGAGGUGGAGCCUAGCUAGGGGUGGAGCCUAGUUAGAGACAGGGCCUAGCUAAUAGCUAAUAACCAGACUCGAGUGAGAACUCUAACUUUGAACUUAACACUGUGACUGCAUGCAACGUUUUUAAAGUCAGUGGAAAAGAUAUGAAGUUUUCCCUCUAGUGUUUAUAACUCUAUAGUGGAGCUAUGGGAGGGGCACAGCUGCAGAAGUUGGACAUACAGGGGGAGAAGGUGUGGCUUCAAUAGAAGGCAGCAGAAGGAUGCAUAGGCCCGACUGGAAAUGACAACACAAAAACAGUUGGUUUGAAAAGCACUUUCAGUUUGCAGGUUGGUUAAAAAAAGAUUUAAAUAGCAAAUGGAAUGUAUAGGACAUGUAUCCUUAUGGGAUAUGAUGAUGGACAUGGUCCUUAUGGGACAUGAUGAUAGGACAUGGAUCAUUAUGGGACAUGAUGAUAGGACAUGGAUCAUUAUGGGACAUGAUGAUAGGACAUGUAUCCUUAUGGGACAUGAUGAUGGACAUGGUCCUUAUGGGACAUGAUGAUAGGACUUGGAUCCUUAUGGGACAUGAUGAUAGGACAUGGAUCCUUAUGGGACAUGAUGAUAGGACAUGAGUCCUCAUUGGGACAUGAUGAUAGGACAUGGAUCAUUAUGGGACAAGAUGAUAGGACAUGAGUCCUCAUUGGGACAUGAUGAUAGGACAUGGUCCUUAUGGGACAUGAUGAUAGGACAUGGAUCCUUAUGGGACAUGAUGAUAGGACAUGGUCCUUAUGGGACAUGAUGAUAGGACAUGGAUCCUUAUGGGACAUGAUGAUAGGACAUGGAUCCGUAUGGGACAUGAUGAUAGGACAUGGGUCCUCAUUGGAACAUGAUGAUAGGACAUGGAUCCUUAUGGGACAUGAUGAUAGGACAUGGAUCCUCAUAGGGACAUGAUGAUAGGACAUGGAUCCUCAUGGGACAUGAUGAUAGGACAUGGGUCCUCAUUGGGACAUGAUGAUAUGACAUGGACCUUAUGGGACAUGAUGAUAGGACAUGGGUCCUUAUGGGACAUGAUGAUAGGACAUGGGUCCUCAUUGGGACAUGAUGAUAUGACAUGGACCUUAUGGGACAUGAUGAUAGGACAUGGGUCCUUAUGGGACAUGAUGAUAGGACAUUGGUCCUCACUGGGACAUGAUGGUAGGACAUGGAUCCUUAUGGGACAUGAUGAUAGGACAUGUAUCCUUAUGGGACAUGAUGAUAGGACAUGGAUCCUUAUGGGACAUGAUGAUAGGACAUGUAUCAUUAUGGGACAUGAUGAUAGGACAUGGGCCUUAUGGGACACGAUGAUAGGACAUGAAUCCUUAUGGGACAUGAUGAUAGGACAUGGGCCUUAUGAGACAUGAUGAUAGGACAUGGGUCCUCAUAGGGACAUGAUGAUAGGACAUGGAUCCUUAUGGGACAUGAUGAUAGGACAUGUAUCAUUAUGGGACAUGAUGAUAGAACAUGUAUCAUUAUGGGACAUGAUGAUAGGACAUGGGUCCUUAUGGGACAUGAUGAUAGGACAUGGAUCCUUAUGGGACAUGAUGAUAGGACAUGGGUCCUUAUGGGACAUGAUGAUAGGACAUGGUUUGCUUUAUGAUGAAUGUCUUCAAUGGUGCAGAAUGGAUAAGAAUGAAGGACUGUAAGAUAAAGGUGCUUCAUGCAAUAAACUACAGAAGAGUCUUCGUGAUACAGGAAGCUGUGUAAUAAACUACAAAAGGGUCAUCGUGAUACAGGAAGCUGUGUAAUAAACUACAGAAGGAUCAUCGUGAUACAGGAAGCUGUGUAAUAAACUACAGAAGGGUCAUCGUGAUACAGGAAGCUGUGUAAUAAACUACAGAAGGGUCAUCGUGAUACAGGAAGCUGUGUAAUAAAUUACAGAAGGAUCAUCGUGAUACAGGAAGUUAAGUAGAUAAAGUGACACUGAAAGUUAAUUUGUUAAAUGAUAUAAGACACAGUUGUUAUGUGUGUUUUAAAAUAAGCGUUUGAUAAUUUUGUUGCUGGAAUAGAUCUAAUGAUCAUUAAAACAUGUUUUUUAAGCUUUAAAGGUUUAUUCUUCUGUAAGGAACUUUUGAGAAUUUGUGGAAUAUUUUUUUUUAAAUUUAAGAUGUCUAUUUUUGUUAUAGCUAUCUGAUGCUUCUCAGGUCUUUGUUUAAUGAAAUCAUUUCUCAUUGGUAAAUAACAGGGGGUGUGUCCCCGUGAGCCAAUCAUAACCACACUGCUGCUUUAGACUUGUUGAUAUAGAAUUGGCUCGACUCAAAAGUGUGCAGUAAUAAAAACGAUUGUGGUGCCGGGGGUCAAAACUGAAGAAGGAAAAACCUGUAUUGAUUGUAUAUACAGGACAUUAUUUUGUAUAGACGUGUCCAGUAUAGAAUGAUGUUGCCAGUCGUGUGAUUAACUCAAUUAUUGCUUUAUUGUCUACAUGUUUACAUUGAAGUAAACUCUACGCUGUUC